GUCAACGACACUGACCUGUAGCACCACCUGUACUCUGACUGGUAACCCCAACCCCACCUACAUCUGGUACAGGAACAGUAAGAUUGUACAAGAGGACUCCUCCCCCUUAUACUCAGUCUACAUUGAAACUGACGACAGCUUCUACUGUGCUGUAAAAGGCAUCAAUUCUCCUGCAGUGUCUGUUGGGGGUCACAGUUAUUUCCACGUGACUUACACCCAUCAAAGUCUCUGUACCUUGAAGGGGUCAUCUGUGGACAUAUCCUGCUCUUAUACAUAUCCCAGUGGUCAUAGAGUCUCCGAAACAAACUGGUAUACAAAAGGAAAACUUGAUGAGGCGCCUCAAAUCCUGAGCCCGGGGUAUGGAGGUCGUGUGGAGUACCUGAGAAAUAUGCAGAGUGACUCCACCCUGAGAAUCACAGACCUGAAAGAGGAGGAUUCAGCUGAGUAUAAGUUUAGAGUCAUAACAGAUCAGACAAACUGGGAGCCCACCUUCCCUGGUACAACUCUGACUGUCACAGGUCUGCAGGUGAAGGUGACUCCACCCACUGUGACAGAGGGACAGAAGGUGACACUGACCUGUAGCACCACCACCUGUACUCUGAGUGACAACCCCAACCCCACCUACAUCUGGUACAAGAACGGACAUGUAACCAACCAAUCUAACAGUCUGUUCCUAAACCCAGUCAGCAGUGAGGAUGCAGGCAGAUACUCCUGUGCUGUAGAAGGCCAUGAGGUUCUCCACUCUCCUGAAGAGACUCUCACUGUCAGAUAUGGCCCAAAGGACAGCUCAGUGUCAGUCAGUCCCUCUGGCGAAAUAGUGGAGGGCAGUUCAGUGACUCUGACCUGCAGCAGUGAUGCCAACCCACCUGUGUACAAAUACACCUGGUUCAAGAAGAACAUAACCUCACCAAAAGCUUCAGGACAGAGUUACAGCAUCACCAACAUCAGCUCUGAGGACAGUGGAGAAUACUACUGUGAGGCUGAGAAUAAAAUAGCAUCUAAGAACUCUACAGCUCUGAUGAUCAUUGUAGCAGGAAAACAAACAUCAGUUAUGACUGCAGUUGUAGGAAUCAUAGUGGUUGUUCUGGUUCUCAUCCUCUGUCUCUCUGGCUUCACGUGGUUUAGGAAGAAGUCCUCCAAAUCCACCUCUGACACAAGAGACACAGCAGACAAUAGACAGGUGAGUCUGUUGGAAUCAGGAGAUGACUGUGAUGUCUGUGUAUUCUUUGUGGAACAUUUCUACUCCUCAUGUUGUCUGUCCUCUCACCUCAUCAGGGAGACUCUAGUCCAGUGUAUGACAACAUCUCAAGCAUGGCCAUGACCCUUACUGCAACACAGACAGCAGCCACCGUAGACCAAGAUGAUGUUCACUACGCCAGCGUCCACUUCUCUCGCUCCAAAAACCAGGAAGUCCCUCUGUACUCCACUGUUCAACUGCCUCAACCACAGAAACAGUACGAGGAUGUCCAGUACGCUGCUGUGAAAUUCAACCGCCCCACUGCUGCCACCCAGUAAGCAUAUUCUGCAUUAAGACCUGCAGCAGCACAAUCAGCUGAGGAGGACCCCUCUGUGAUCUACAGUCAAGGCAGUCAACAAACCCAGAACCAAGAAGACCUGAACACAACAAACCCAGAACCAAGAAGACCUGAACACAACAAACCCAGAACCAAGAAGACCUGAACUCAACAAGUUUGACAAAAACCCAUAUAUUCAAAAUAAGUGCCAUAAAGCUUG